AUGCGUUCACACAAUUAUUCAUCUAGUAGAUGCAGGCAAGUUGUGGAUAUUUUGCACGAUUCUCACACAAUAUUAUUAAGUAAAAUCAUCACCGAGGAUGAUUUCGGCCAAUUGAUAUUUUCUUGUUAUAGGGAUGAGGAUACUGAAACAGGUGAGAGGUUUAGUGAACCUAUGGUGUGGAUUGGGAUCUACAUUGCAACAGCCUCGUUUUUAUGUAUACUUGCCAUGGCUGCUGAUUUGUUGCAUGGUUUAUGGAAUAAAAAGUUGUGGUUUCCAUGUAAAUAUUUCUCUCUCAACGCGGCAUCUGUCACGGUGAUAACUAUUGCAAUGAAACUGCCUGUUGAUCUAAGUAGUGGGAUGGAAAGUUACGUGGACCAAGCAACCAAGAUAGGAAGUUUGGGUUUCAUGUGCACCAUGAUGGCCAACUUAAUGCCUUCUCUGGCGUCUAUGGACAACAACACACUAGUAGCAAACGUAAUAGGUUUGUGUAUUCUCGUCAUCACCGUGACUGUGAAUAUUUGCAUUCAGAUAAAUACUAGUGUUAUUACUAAUAAGACAUAUGGUCCCCAGUAUGAUGAUAUUGUCUUUGACUUCGUUAUGGUUGCAUACAGCUAUAUGACUAUGAUCCUUUUGUUACUAAUAAUGAUGGUUUCUUCAUCUCUAACAGUUCCAUCCUUUAAGGAAAUUUUGGAAUACAAGUAUCAAGCCAUAAACAAAAUAUCUUUAACGACUGACCAAAGUCACAUGUUUACAGUUGAGAAACUAAGACAACACGUGAGAAGGUAUUGGGUCAUGGCAGAAACCGGUAAGCCUCAGUUUGGGAUGGCUAGUAAUCCAUUGUCCACAGCUUCUGGAGUAGUUUGUGUAGUGGUUUUCGUCUUGAACUUUCUCAUGGUGUUCAAAUUUCUGUUUGGAUUGUAUGGUCUUGAGAGGCUACUAUACGUAGCUAUGAAUCUAUAUGCAUCGCCAUACAAGUGGUCAACACUUGCCAUUUUGUUAACGCAGUCCAUUGGAGUCGUGGUGGGAACCAUUGCUCCUAUAUCAAGAUGUUUUUCAGUUUUCAGCUUCAAGUUGUGCACUAAAUGGAAUAGGAAUGAUUUCAUAUUCUUUAAAGUAGAGAAGUACUGGACUCAAAAGUUGCAAGAGUGGAAACAAAGCCCUGUACUUUUUCUGUCAAGCUGUCAAAGAUCAACAAGUCUCAUCUAUAAUUCAAAAUACAUCAUUCUAAGCCUUGGCAUUGGUUUUCAGAAGGCGGUAUACUCCACCCAGCGCCUCAAGGACCAACGAUGCAGCAGAUGA